AUGUAUAAUCGUAGUCUUAACCUGAAUCUUCUCUUUUAUAGGAUAGCCGGCUUACGAAUUCUGUAUAUUGAUGAUAAUGGCGUGAAGUCUAUGCUGAACAAAGAGAUGCUAGAAGGCCUAGGGCAACAAACAAUGCUUGAAAAUCAUCCUCUGUCAUCUUCAGUUACUCUUCUUCUAACAUCUCUAAACCAGGCAAACCCCGACUUUUAUGCCUACAGAAGCAUCAUCAAAAGAUUCAAUCUACCAGAAAAUGAAAGAUUCGACACUUUCACCCACACUGAUCUAAACUUCGUUGAAACAAUGGGCAACCAUUUUUUAAACCUGAAUCAAAGCCCGUCAAAUCCUCUACUACAGCCAACACUUGAGAGAAUAGCUGCGAUCCACGCUACGAUUGCUUUAUUAAAUAACUUGUUUCUAUCAACAAAUGACAAAUCACUUUGAGUCAAGAGAGUUUCUAUUUCAAUCCUAGAAGAAAAGAUAUCAGCAAUCAGUCUCAGGUUGCAAAGCAUUUACUAACUUACCAGUCAAAAGCACUAAGUGAGAUGGCGUUGGCUUUAGAGCUGGAUCCGAUCAAAAAAUAGGCUUUUGUCUAGUUGAAUUUUCUGGAGGAAUUAAGAAAAAUUGUAAACCAGAAAAAGCUAAC